GUUUCUGAGGCGGAGAUGGGGAACCAGUCGAGCAUUCUGCUGACGGACGUGGGGAAACCGCCCGGAAGCCAGACUUGGGCGGGUCGGUGCACCAGACUAGCGGACGGUAGUGAGGGAAGCGGAUUCGAUCCAGACCACCUCCCGGUCCUGCAAAUGACGCUGGUCCAGCCGAGCCCGGAGCUGCAGAUCCACAUCCGCAAGGAGCUGAACGAGGACGUGAACACGCGCGAGGACGCGCUCCAGCACAUCAAGGACUGGCUGGCCAAGCAGCCGCAUCUCCCCGACUUCCAGGAUGACCAGCGCAUCAUGACGUUCCUACGCGGCUGCAAGUUCUCGCUGGAGAAGACGAAGCGCAAGCUGGACAUGUACUUCACGAUGCGAGCCGCGCUGCCCGAGUUCUUCACGGACCGCGACGUUACUCGGCCCGAGCUGAAGGAGAUCCUCGACAACGUAGCUUUCCCGCCGCUGCCUGGCCUGACGCCGAACGGCCGUCGCGUGAUCGUGAUGAACGGCAAGACCAAGGACUACCAGGGCCCGCUGGUGGCGGACGGCAUGAAGCUCAUCUUCAUGGUAGGCGACAUCCGCUUGCUCGAGGAGCAGACAGGCGUCGCCGGCGACGUCUACGUGCUCGACGCGUCCGUCGCCACACCCGCCUACUUCGCCAAGUUCACCCCCUCCAUGGUCAAGAAGUUCCUCGUCUGCGUCCAGGAAGCAUACCCAGUGAAGCUGAAAGAGGUACACGUGAUUAAUGUACAUCCGCUGGUGGACACCAUCAUCAAUUUCGCCAAGCCCUUCCUGAAGGAGAAGAUUAGGAACAGGAUCUUCGUGCACACUUCGCUGGAUACGCUGUACAACUACGUGCCCAAGGAGAUGCUGCCUGCAGAGUACGGCGGAGACGCGGGACCCAUUGACGUCAUCCACCAGGCCUGGGUGAAGAAGAUGGAGUCGUACACUCCGUGGUUCAAGGAGCAGGAGAAGAUGAUCGCCGACGAGUCGAAGCGCCCUGGCAGGCCCAAGACACACGACGACCUCUUCGGCGUCGACGGCUCCUUCCGGAAGCUCACCAUCGACUGAGCAGCCGCCGCCACAACACGGCCGCCACCGAGCUCUCCAUGCGUGGUCGAGCGCGCAAAGGACUUUCUCACCGCCUAGAAAAAAAAAUUAAUAUUUCCAAAAAUUUAUACUACGUAAGCUGUAAUAGGCAAUCAUAAGAACUAUGUUCACGAUAUACUUCGAACACGAAUGUGACGAACUGCACCUGUAGACAACUGUAAAGAGAUAACUUAAUUCUCCCUGCGUCAUCUUGUCGAAAAUUCGGUCGAAUGCAAUGGCAACGUUCAGUAGCUGUGCCCCUUAUCGCUUGAAUUUGCUAUAGAAGUUGUAAUUAUCACUGAUAGUUCCAUUCCGGUCGCACCGGUCGCACUACAAGACAGCCACUUCCUACUGGAUCCCCAGCCCAUCUUGGGAGUUCCUAUGCAUAACGAAAGCCCCCUGCCGGAAAACUCUCUUCAGACUAUGCGUGACAACUUUCACGUGUUGCUCGUUCUAUAUCCACUGCGGUAGUGGAAAGUCGUCUGCGGUGACAAAACCGGAUUCUGUCCGUGACAUUCCACUUUCACUACCGAAAGCAACCGAUAAGGGAAAUACCCAAAACGGAAUAUGCCUUUCGCGCAAUUGGUUCGAGAGCAUCAGUUGAUUCUGUGUAACAACGAGUGAUUGCAGUGUUCAGUAAUCGUUAGCAAAUUACUAAUUGCGUACCGUUUGCAGCGUCAUAAAACGAUGCAACACUUCCCUGAGACAUAUCGGAUCCGAAGUUAGCAUUUUCCUCGGCUAUAUCGCACAUUUACUUCUGAUAUGUUUUCCUUAAUUAGUUUACGGGAAACAUCUGCAUGCAGACCAGUUACAGGAGCCAGUAGCAUUAAGUCACAGUAGUAUAUCUACCGAAAGAUAGCGCAAAUACUUACACAGUUUUCGGCGCUUUACUGGUUUUUCGUUACCAUAUCAAGAACUGGUAUUUCUCCGUUAAGUAACACAUAUGUUGUGGAAUCCAAAUCGCGUAAAAUAAAAUAAUCUUUACUGGCAACUGGCUAUGGCAUCCACAGGGAAGACCGCUAAUGUACUAUUAAAAUAUCACUGCCGACGCGGAAGUUUGUCACCUCCGAUUCAGAGGUCUUUCACCGUAAAUUAGGAAUAGAUACUGUACAAACAAGAGUCCUGGCUCAGACCUGAUGAAUCGUUUAGAGGUCGCAAAAAGGUACAAGUUGCUUCACAUAGCUACUACAGAGUCCUAUGACUUAGGAAUAUUUAAAGACUAAAGAGAGUGAAAGAGCACGAAUACCAGAUUCAGAACUGAGAUAACGAAAAAUAAACUGUCAUAGAAAAUGAAAGGAACCCUCAAAAACCAUGUGCAUAAACACAAUAGCGUGUGAUUAUCCACUGAAGCAGUGAGUAUAACAGCUCCAUCGCCGUUACUUGGUCAAUGAGGAGAUUCAACACUGGGAUCUAAACGUCAGUGGGAAGUGUUUUAUCCAAUUACAGCGCCGUGUAACCAUCAAGAAGUAGUCAUUACUGAUGCUCAUUUGCACUGAUGAUUUACUGUCUUUGCUUUAAUGACGCAUACAGGUGUAAACACAAAAAUAAUUGAGGGCAAAAAGUGGCGCAUGCCGGAUAUAGCCAAAGCAUAAACUAUAAUGAUCAAACACACCGAUGAGUGUGAAAUAACAGUGUGGCCUACCUAAGCUCACCGCAACGUCAGUUGUUCAGAAGAAUAUUGCGUUUUCUUUUAUUAGUAGAACAAUAUUUUAAUCAAAAUAUAAUAUUUGCGCGCUAGUAAUGCUGUGAGAUCUGUGGGGAGCGAACUGCCGGUUUUGAUUUGAUAAGCAUUGAAGUGCCUCAUAUAACUGAUCUCUGCAGAUAGCUACCCUUACCAGCUGGUGUAUGUCUAAAGCAUCUGCCUUGUGAGGCGUUACAUACACAGAAUUCACUUUAAAAGACAGGUUGUGAUUAUUAGCUAGCCGAGUCUGUGAUGACGCCCUGCACUGAGACUUUCCUGCCUGUCGCACGCACAACACGUCUCUUCACAUUGCACACAUCUUCAUAAGCAGCAAAGAACAGCUUUCUGAGUAGAGGCACCACGAGAGAGCUCUUUACAGAGGCUUUCCGGCCCCUCUAUGUCUGUCUGUUGUUCUGUAUUAUUCUCUGCUAUUUUAAUUAUUCCAUUUGCUCAUGAAACAGUAUCAUUGUAUGUUCUGCAUUUAUGUUAUCAUUUUUAUACGUGUUACAUGUAACUGAAUUAUAUAAAAUAAAUAAUAACUGCCAGAAAA